GUCUCCAGGCUUUCUUCGCCCUUCUCGCCAAUUUUCUGAGGGCCACGAGCGUUAAGGGCUCGAUACUGCCUCCUAUACGGUAUCGCGUGUGUGACAAUUGCCGGCGCGCCGUCUCAUAUGCUCGACGAUCGGUCCUGGCAAGAGAAAACCAAGACCAGUAUGGUGUCGGCUCAGCGCCUACCAGCUUAUUUUCCUGUGUGAAGCGCGUCAUUGCGACCGUUCUCUGAUAAUUCACAUAUAUCCUACGCGCCUGAACACAACUUCUUCCGUCGGCUUGUCACGUCCUUGAUGUGCUGGAAGCAUUCGUCAUGACUUCCAGCGCUGACCUCGUCGAUGGCACCCGUGAUGCAGCAGAAACUUCCCACAUCGGCCAACCGAUCACCUUGCUGGACAAGACCGUAGACCCUGGCGACGAAACUUCACGACAAGGCAGUACGCCUUCCACUACAUCAGCCAUACUUUCGAGAGAGCCGAGCUUACGCCAUCGCCUGACUCACCAAUCUUCCAAUUUCCAGGAAUCGCUGCGGCGUGAGAUAAACAGACAGAAAUACGCGCGCUACGGUCAGGGACGUUACAAUGUGAAUGAUGAUGAGCAAACUCAACCACCGUCGAAUUCCGACAACAAAGAUGUCAAGCCGGCCGACGGUGACAGUGGGGCUUUGCAAAAGAAGUAUCUGGAGAGAGCACAAAAUCGCGCCAAGGCAUUAGUGAAAAGGAAAAACAACAUUGGCACGGGAGUACAGGAAAAGGACACAGUCGUCGAUGUGUUAUACGAGAACCAGCGCGGAGCAUUUCUCUUCGGAAUACCCAAGUAUUCUUCGAGCUCGUUGCUACCCACGGACCCAAAGCCAUGGCAGAAUGCCGACUUCCGCACAAGUCCCGUAGACAUUCGCAACGCACAGGUCCCGGAUCCAAGCUGGGAGUGGACAUGGAAGAGCUGGUAUGUGGAUAUGAGCCGCGAUGUGGACGAGGAGGGAUGGGAAUACAGCUUUGCUUUUGUUGGCCAUGGUGGGCGGACUUUCGCCUGGCACGGCACCCAUCCCUGGUUUCACAGUUUCGUUCGAAGAAGGAGAUGGCUGCGCGUGAGGAAACGCAGCGCUCUACCGAGCGUCGGCCGCGACAAGGCACACGAUCUCAAUCCGGAUUACUUCACUAUUCACACCAAAAACCUACGAUCGCCUUCGAUUACCGACAGCCGUGCGGCUUCGAGCAAUGCCGUCAAUGUUCUCGCUAAGCUCACUGUGCUGGAGAUGACUGUGGAAAAUAUGGACAUAGAUAAUAUUGCCGAUCUUUUCCUUGCCCUUCGCCGCUCAAGCUUAGAUCGCGAGAAAAUCUACGCUAUACGCAAAUUCUUAGAUCAGGCCAACGACGAUCUCGUGUACCUAGCCGAGCGCAUGGAUGAGAUCAUGGGCAUGUUCAUCUUUCAGGCGUCACGACGGCAAGUGUUGGAUUUCCUGGUGGCCACGCACGACGAGCUCCAUGAGAAAAAGAAGGAUCUGGCGUCGCAUGAUCACAAGGACGGAGACGACGACGAGACCCGACGGCAUGAUUCACGGGUGCGUCAUAACGAGAACAUCCUGAAGGCAGUUCACGCCGCCAGAGAUCAUAUACACAAGCUAGAAUACUGGUCCGAUAAGCAUGAUGCUUCGAACACUUCCAAUGGGGACGGCAAGAGUGCGCAGCACGGUGACUGUGGCUCCAAGGGAAAGCAGUCUUUGAAAAACACCGAAUCGACGAAACCCGACAGCUCAGACUCACAUCAUGCGACGAACAAGACCCGAGUUCAUGACCCUAGCACAAUUUCUAAGGACCCUCUACCAACCCCAUCCGACACUGAGUCUACCACGCCAGGCAGGAACCGCCUCGCAUUCUUCGACGCCAAAUCCAAAGUCUCGCUCAGCGGUCCGCUUGAUCAAGAAACGCCGACAGACGAAGUCUACGUCACAGCUGCCGAGUCCGCUAGCGAGAUCGACGGCAAAGGCGAUCGAUGGCAAAUGACUGGGAAAGCCAACCCAGCCGACCUCGACGGCGUGCCAGAGGAGGCAGCCGAGGAGCAGCAACCAGUUCCGGACGUCCACGGCCACUCGUCGAUCGUCGAAGGGGAUGAGCUCCAGGAGCUGGUACCGGAGAGCGAGAUUGACGACUAGUGGACCGUGGACACGCUCUUUGGCCUGAUCUGGGGCAGUCCCCCGGAGUGAGUUCUCCAAGAUCUCCGAGAACAAAGUACUACAUACCCAUGUAUGCAUGGCGAAUUUGCUAUGCAAAUUGCAUUCAUUCUGCGCAACGCAUCCCUGUUUCUGCGGGCCAGAGCAGAUUUUCACUUUCAGUCUGGCCUCGAGAGGCCUCACCUGUAUCAUCAUACCUAAUAAGAAGCAUAAAGGCUCUAC